CGUGAUACCCAUUCUUGGAAGAUGUAAGGGAAUACUUCAGCGCACUGGGCUGGAAGUAACAAGCUGAGAGAGUUCCCACAGUCAACAAGACACAUGAACAUUAAUAGGUGUCUGGCGGCAUAGUUGAAAAUAGCAGAAGAACAACGUGCAUCGGAGACACAAAGUUCAACACGCCGAAGGUGUGCUGUCGCCAUCGUGCGGAGCUGUAGAAUUCAUGGAGAACCCCGGAGGGCAGCCAACGAGUUGAUCAUUUCAAGGUAAACAGCCAUAUUUUCUCGCGGACAGGGGUAACAUACCGUUUGCCAGAAAUUCUGUAGCAGCCAACAUCUAGGUAACAUCGUGAAAAAGCGGAAAUGUCUUCAACUCAUACACUGGAUGUUUGGCUUCGAUCACAAGCUAGUUUUCCGGAGAGCUCGUACAAGGAACCCUGGAACCUUCGCCUCUUUCAGGAAACUCUAGUCCGCCUCGCGCGGGAAAAGAAGCUCCAUCUGUUCGAAUGCAAAUAUCACUCUUCAUUCCACUUUGUAACAAUGAGGAACGACGAUGGUUUGCCCGUGUUUUCAUCGAAGAAAACGAAGCGGUUCUCAACACCGUGUGACCACCUCGGAGCCGAGGAACCGCGGAAAAUUACACGUCUUUCACCCUUGGUUUAGGGACUUGGAAAAUGUCUCAGUCCACGCCACCGUUUCUACGUUUCUAAACCCUAAGAUCAGACCGAAAUCAGAGAUUCACGUUCGAAGUCUCGAAUUUGCACCUGAGGCAGUUGGUCAGUUUUACGCUUUACACCCUCGUACAUCGCCUGGUCUGUCUUCCUCAUGCAACUCCCUCCAAUAUCACGGCCAGGCGUUUCAUUUUCCUUGGCCGAAAAUCUAGGUAUCAUGUCUUGUUACCUGACCCUUCGAAGCAGUCUGUCGAUAUCCUUCUGAACGCGAGACUCCGUCUCAAGUGCCCUCCCAGACAUGCAGACGAAUUCCAUCGAUGCGCUUCCACAGCCGCUAAGGAUGGGUAUGAACCGCGAGAUAUCCAGAAGUACCAAAUGUGCGGAAGCCUCCGAACGCAUCUGUGAAUGGCAAUUCGAGAUUCACACGUGAACGUCAACUUCUUUCCUUCACUGCCGCGUCUCGGGUUCCUCCAGUCACCAGCGAGCAUGUCUCAUCAGAGCAUUCGUGGUAUUUCAGCGAAGCCUAGCGUCCAGUCGCGGCGCUGGAACUGUGUCGUCGGUUUUUCUCGUAUUUUCUGUUCAUGCCCUUGGCAGCCGAUCGAGCGCUGUCGCGGACGGAAUUGCGACUCUCUCGUCUAGCCCGAGUGAGGAGCCACAUGAGGCUUUGUUGCAAGUUGUCGGCAGCCAACUUCUUUUUCCCGUCCCUGGAAUUUCUACCUUUUAGACAAACUCGCCGUUCUGUGAGUGAUCUUUCAUGCCAAGCUUUCUCGGGGCUCGCCCUCGCUUGCUGGAAAGUGACAAUUCAAUUCGCAACACAGGAGGGGCCAACCGCAGCUGAGACUGUCUUCGUUUUUUCGCAUGUCGGGUGCAAGCGCAAGCGGCAGAAGCCGCGGGUCGACUUUUCGCAUAUUUCUCGCUGCUGAUUUCCUCUUUUUGUGUUUGAGAAGACACGCGUUUUCUCCCGGCCACCGUGGCGCAUUUUCUUUGCAAGAAUUCCGUGGUCGGAUCCUAACGGACGGCGGAUGCACGACUUACCGCAGACACGGUGGAUAUCGGGCAGCCGCGUUUCAGUCGUUUUCAGCGAAACAGGGCUGAAACUGCGGCUUUUCUUGCGAUUUUUUUCGCUUACCCGAAAGUACGUUUUGUUUUCCCUUUUCUCGGACAUUUUUCGUUCCGUAGUCGCCGACUCUUUUGCCAUUCCGGUCUCUGCGUUGUCCGCGGCACCGUUUGGUCCUUGGCAGCGGCUGACACACCGAUUCUCCAGUGUCUCUGCCCGCCCGCCGUCUUCUGUAUCCAUCUUCUUUCCGCUUCCCCGGCGUCUUACCAUUUCUUCUGCCAAUUCCCUGCGCCUGCACUUCAUUUCACCUCCUCUGUGCGCAAAUCCUUCCCACUCCUCCCUCCGCGAACCCGAUGACCAUGGCGUCCUUGUCUGUGGAGGCGAUGGGGGAGUGCCCGCCAGCUCAAAACGCCGACCACUCGCCUCUGUUGUCACCGGUUCCUCGUUCUCCUGCGAAGUCUGUCGCGCCUCUGUCAUCAGGAUCCUCCUCUGAAACUGCGAACCCCAGAUCUUCCGCAGAUCUGCCUUCCGCCGGCUCUUCGCCCCUCUCGACGCUUCCACCGACGCGGCAGAGCUCCGCGCAAGAAGGCGGCUUUUUUGGGUCGCCGCAGGACUCUCGCGCAGCGACGCCCAGCUGGAUGUGUGACGACGACCCCUUUGCGCACAUUGUCCGCCGAGCAGCGGCCCCGUCUCUCUCUCCUGGACAGAAGGGCGGCCUCGCGGCUUCUUUUUCAAGUUUCGGCGUCCCCGCCUCUCCAGACUCUCACUCCCUCGCUGCCUCGACGCUCAGCGACGGGGGGCUGCGGCCGCUGGACAGACUGACGCUGGAGAGAGGCGCGGACGCACCUGCCUGUGGAUCUUUGAGUGGGAGAACAGAACAGGGGUCUAAGGUCCGUGGAGGAGCUGAGGCCGGAAAUUUGUCGGACUUCUGUGGUCUCCGUGGGGACGCAGAUUCGGCUUUCGCUCCAAGUGGACUGUCUCCUGCGGGUGCCCCUUCCGUUGGUGCUUCGCCGCUCUUCUUCUCAGAUGCAGAUCUCCAGGUGUUGGCAGCUCCAGAAAAUCCUAAGACUCGCGCGACUCUCGCCUCCGCGGAAGAGACUUCGGACGACGGACGCGCACCACAAGACCCGCGAAAGCAGAACAACGUCCCGGACGAGCUCGAUGAAUUCUUCUCCUCUGCCCACCUCUCCCAACCGUGCGCCUGCCCUUCUUCCUCUUCUUCCUCUUCUGCCUUAUUUUCUUCUUCUUCUUUGAGGGCCGAGAGCCGGGCCGAGCAGCCACUGGCGGGGUCACUCAUCGACGGGGAGGUGGUGAUGUCUGCGAAGGAGAGCGCAGAGAGCCAUGACAGUCAAGAAGGAGACGCAGAAAAGAGAAGAGAGGAGCUGAGGCGCGACAGCCAAGCCGCCGAACAUAGUCCGACUGCUGCUGAGUCCUGGUCGAUUUUCAACAGGCAAAUGCAGGGCUGGGACAUGGUGCAGAAGGAAGGAAAGAGACCCGCCGCAGACGUCGAGGAACAGCAGCUCGAAGACGCAGGGAAAAAGACCGUCUGGGUAGUGCACCAGGGUGCGUGUACACCUGUCUCCUGGUAUGAAGACACUUCGGCCGAAGAUGUGAAAGCAGCUGUUCUGUGUGCAUGCGACGUGAUGCUGGACGACGACUUGGAAGAGCGCGAUGAGGGCAGCGGACGCGCGAAAGGCAGAACCUGUUUCGCCCUCAGACAAAUUGAACCUCUCCCUCAAACGGCAGACGUGGACUGCGAGUCGUUGUUUCUAGACGUCUGCGUAUUGCAUCUGCGAGAGGGAGAGAUGGCGAGGCCUGGCCACCUGGGGGGAGGAGACACCCCCCUGGAAACGCAGACAGGCGAGAGAGACAAUGCGAAGCAGAAAGCGCUGAAAGUCGUGAAGGGCCGCCGAGUGCGCUUCGACCAGUUCGGGCGCCUCAUGGACGGCUGCACCUACAUGUUGGAAAAAUAUCAAGAAGCCACUGAAGAAGCAGAGAAGGAGCUCGAAAAAAUGCAGUCCAUCACAGGGGAUCGUUGGCGUCGUCUUCUGAUUCCAGUGCACCCGCUUCUGCACAUUGAGAGUCAAAAGGCCUUUGAACGCAUGAUGCAAGGGACGAAUUUGUUGAAGCACACGAGUUACGGCUACCCCCAUUUGCGUCAGUUUCAGUUGUCGAUGGAUCGGCGGCGGUUGCUGUGGUACACUUCAUCGAAAGCCAAGUCUUCUUCAGUGGUGCAUCUCUCGCUGCUGCGAGGCAUUCUCUUCGGCCAGCAGUCGCCCACGUUUGAGAGCUACAGACUCCCGGGUCUGCAGCAUCUCUCCUUCUCCCUCGUCUUCUGGUCGGGCGCUUGCCCUCCGGAUCCGGAGAGCGACGAGGACGAAGACGAAGACGAAACGGAGAGGAAAACGCGGAACGCGAUUGAGCUGAAGGCGCCGAUCCCCGGGGCGAGAACUCUCGAUCUCACCUGCAAAGACGAAUUCGAAUUCGACAUGUGGAUCACCGGGCUGAAGGCCAUCAUCGCAGCCAACAAGGGCUUGCGCGUCAGCAAAAAGUUGCUGCUCUCGCACUCCAGAAGAUUCAGGCGCGCGCUGGCAAGGAAUAACGUGACAAUCAAAUUGACGGCGCUACCAGAGGUGAAGGAACCUGGGCAGGUGAACCUCGACGACUGCAUGGACUUGCCGUGGCAUCCCCCAGAGCUCCUGCAAAAGAAGUACGACGGCCUCCAACGCAGAAUUCAAGCGGCAGCUGUCGAGAUUCGGCGUCUCAACUACAAACAGCUGCCUCAUGGGCGCGGCGCCACCAUCCCCGACGUCUGCGAGCUCUCUGGAUCGGGCCCAGCGUAUGCUGGAGUGUACGGGGAGGUGGGCGAGGUUGACGACGAAGAAAUGGAACACCGCAGAAUGGUCGAGUUGCUGCACCAGGUCUUCAGCGUCCUCUCGAAUGCGCGCGGCGCUCUCAGCACCUUCAAAUCUGAAAUUGAGAGGAAAGCAGCAGAAGCAGAGGGCGACAACCUUCGACAUGCUUCCAACGACAGUGGGUCGGGCGCCUCCGCGUGUCAGAGAGAACAAGAGGGAGAACAAGAGAGAGAAGAAACGAAAGAAGCGCGAGAAGAGACCGAAGUGGUUGUGAGCAUAUCUUCUUCGGGAGAAGUCACGAAGAAGUCGAGGAGGCCCGAGAGCGAGGCAGGAGCGCGUGACGAGGAUCUUUCUUUCGAGGAAAAAUUCAAGAAAUACUCCAGCAGAAGCGCCUCCUCGCUCGAAGCCGUCCAAGCUGUCCAAGAACAGGUGAAGGAGAGCAUGUUGAGUCUCUGGCAGCAGGCGGCUCCGAUUUCGCAGGAGGCGCAGAAGUUCUUCGAGCACGCUGUUGCGGCAGUGGUUGGGAACGACGAGGAAGUCGAAGCCAUGGAAAACGGAGACGACCGCUCGUGGACAGCUGAAGAGAUUUCGCGGCUGAAGCAAAUCAACCAGUUGCUGUGGAAGGCGGAGGUCGAUCUGGAGAACGUGGAAGACAUCCUCGCGCGCUUCCAACAGAGUCACUUAGAGCUCGCACGGGGCAUUGUCGCCUCCGUCUCAGGUUUAAAUCAGAAACUUUCUGAAGAAGUCCACCGAUGGGGUUCGCAGCUGACCUCGUUCAUGUCGGACUUUGUGAGUCGUCUCAACACGCUGCCUGCGGCUCUCGUUGCGGACGACGCGCAGGCGGCGCUGCGGGCGACGGCGGCCUCGGCCUCGUCAUCUCUCGCAGGCGCAGGUCGCCGACGAGUCGUUUCGUCUCCGGUGGAGAGCGAAGCGGAGCGGCGGCAGGCGCCGGACCUCUUCGACAGAGUGCCUCCGCCACCCACGAUCUGAGGCAGAGAACGAGGCUGGAGCAGAGAGGCGCAGAGGGCGGGAGGAGAGAGAAGAGAGCAGAAGAAGAGAAGAGAAGGUGAGGGGGGAAAUGAGAGAAAAGGAGAGGGAAGCAGGAGUGGAAUUGCAGAGGCGGAGAAAGGAGAGAAAGAGGGAGGUCUUUCCUGUGGAGGAGAGGGUCAAGGCAAGAGCUUUUUUCGGAGGCGAGAAAGAAAACGAGAAAGAAACGCGACCAGAAAAAGUCAAUCUUUUGCGGCCAGUCCAGGAGGUGCUCCCAUUCUUCGGCAGAGAAACGGAAGGCGUUGCAAAGAGAAGAACGGUCGUCAGUCACUCGAAAGACAAGUAAAGGAUUCCGACGUUCUUCGGCGUUUGUGUUGAGCGACUGCUCCCUGACUUCCGGAGUUUCUGUGGAAAGGAAAGGUUUGCUUCUUCGUCUUCCUUGAAUUUGAACGUUGCGCACACAGGCGCUUGCUGCAGGCGUGAGGUGUACACACACCGGAACGAGGCCCUGAGCGCCUCCUCUCUGUCCUUGGUUUUGCGCGAGACGCUGCGUCUCGCUGGUCUUGCCCUUGCCCGCUCGGUUUCUUCCUGCGUUUUUAGCGUUUUUUCACAGCGACGCAAAUCCAUCUGCCCCGACCGCCGUUUGUCUGACGCACUUUGUGGGGUGCGUACGUACACCUGAGGGACUCCAGCGGGGCUGCAGCAGAGCUUUGUUUUCGGCUGUUGCGUCUUGUUUCCGUAAAUGCUUUCACAGCAGAAACCGCUCCCUUUUCUUCGAGGAAGUAAAAACAAGUGUGGUGUUCGAGUCAUGGAAAACCCCAAGGGCAUGUAAGUUUUCAUAUAUAUGUAUAUGUAUAUAUAUAUAUAUAUGUAUGUCUAUAUCUGUAUAUACAUGUAUAUAUUGAUACGGUGUUUCUUGUGAGGGUUUUGGACGUUUUGAGAGCUGGAUUAGGCUUCUUGGCGGUUCCAAGUUUUUUCCGACUUUUUGUGGCACCUUUGAUCUCCGAUGUCGCGUCUGUAAACUAUGGAAAAAGUGAAACUCGCAGCGAGAGGCGAAAGUCUCUCCUUUCGCGAAAGCUCGUCCUCGGGGCUCGCAAACGAACUUUUCAUUUUUCCCUCAAAGCAUAGAUUGACGA